AUGUUAGGGUUUAGAGCUACACCAUUAGCCCCACCCUCGAUUUCUCCGUCAAAAGCCAAACCCAUUCUUCCAUUUUUUCCUCUUCAAAACGUUAAUUUCCAUACACUACCUGCAAACCAUGUGAAAUUCCAACACGCAAAUCUCAGAAAAUUCCGUAUCGACACAAAAGAUGGUCUAAAUGGUGGGGAAGAUGGGAAGGCCGAGAAUGGACGGCCCAGAUUGAACCUGAGGUGGGUUAAUCUUGUGUUGGACCCUGACCCAGAUAACAUUGUGGCCGUUGGAUUGACUGGCCUGUUGACUUGGGCCAGUGUGCAGUGGUUUUAA